AAAGCCUUGGGGGGGGAGUCGUGGGGGGGUCCUGCAAACAUCUUAUAAACCGGAUUGCACUGAGAGGAGAAAAAAAAAAGAUACAAAAUAUACAAGCAAAAGGCAACAGAUCCCCGGUCUCCAGCAGUCGCCCACCCUCCCUUUUCCUUCUCUCCUGCUGGCCAUCUGCCUCGCGUUUUCCUUUGUGUCUGAGCCUUUACUACUGAGCCGAGUGCAGGAGGAGGGUGCACCACACACGGGGACUAUGCCCAGCUCGCUUUUUGCAGACAUGGAGAGGAACGGGAGCGGCGGCGGCGGCGGCGGUGGUGGUGGUGGUGGAGGGGGAGAGACCCUGGAUGACCAAAGAGCCCUUCAGAUCGCCCUGGAUCAGCUCUCCCUGCUGGGGCUGGACAACGACGAGACGGGCUCCAUUUACGACAGCGAGCCGCGGAAAAAGAGCGUGAACAUGACCGAGUGCGUGCCGGUGCCCAGCUCGGAGCACGUCGCGGAGAUAGUGGGGAGACAAGGUUGUAAAAUCAAAGCUCUGCGGGCAAAGACCAACACCUACAUCAAGACCCCGGUUCGCGGGGAGGAGCCGCUCUUUGUUGUGACGGGGAGAAAGGAAGAUGUGGCCAUGGCCCGCAGGGAGAUCAUCUCUGCRGCCGAGCACUUCUCCAUGAUCCGAGCCUCACGGAAUAAGAACACAGCCCUCAACGGCACCGUCCCCGGCCCCCCAAACUUGCCUGGCCAAACCACCAUCCAGGUGCGGGUGCCUUAUCGCGUGGUGGGCUUGGUCGUGGGGCCCAAAGGGGCCACAAUCAAGCGCAUCCAGCAGCAGACGCACACCUACAUUGUGACCCCGAGCCGGGACAAGGAGCCUGUCUUCGAGGUGACGGGCAUGCCAGAGAAUGUGGACCGUGCCCGGGAGGAGAUCGAGGCGCACAUCGCCAUGCGCACGGGCGGCAUCAUCGAGCUCACGGACGAGAACGACUUCCACGCCAAUGGCACGGAUGUGGGCUUCGAGCUGAACGGCACGGGCAGCCUCUGGAGCAAGCCCACGCCGCCCAGCAUCACCCCCACCCCAGGCCGCAAGCCCUUCUGCAACUACCGCAACGACAGCUCCAGCUCGCUGGGCAGCGCCUCCACUGACUCUUACUUCGGGGGUGGCACGGCCGGGAGCAGCGCCGCCCGCCUGGCUGACUACAGCCCCCCGAGCCCGGCGCUGAGCUUCACCCACAACGGCAACAACAACAACAACAGCGCCAACGGCUACGUGUACGGUGGCGGCGGCGGGGACGUGCUCUCCUCGCCGGACUGCUGCUCCGAGCUGCCCUUCGACUCGCCGCCGGGCUUCGACCUGGCCCCCGCCCCGCCGCCGGGGGCCGCCCUCCUGUGGCCGCAGUUCGAGCGCGGCCCCGCCGCGCCGCCCUCGCCCGCGCCCUCGCCCGCCGCCGCCGCCUUCCCGGGCGCGGCGCCCGCCAAUGCCAACCUCGCGCUGCUCGUGAGCGGCCCGAGGCGGGGCGGCGACCCCCCACCCCCCGCGCGCCUCUCCCCGCCCCUGCACGGCAGCGCCGCGGGGUCCGAGCACCCGCUGGCGCGGCGGGUGCGCAGCGACCCCGGCGGCCGCCUGCUCGCCGCGCCCUACCCGCUCUACGCCAACGGGCUGGGCUCGCACCUGCCGGGGCUGCCCUCCGACUCGUCGGCCUCCUCGUCCUCCUCGUCCAGCUCGUCGUCCAGCUCGUCGUGCUCGUCGUCCGGCGUGCGGCGGAAGGGCAGCCGCGACUGCUCCGUGUGCUUCGAGAGCGAGGUGAUCGCGGCGCUCGUGCCCUGCGGCCACAACCUCUUCUGCAUGGAGUGCGCCAACCGCAUCUGCGAGAAGACGGAGCCGCAGUGCCCCGUGUGCCACAGCGCCGUCACGCAGGCCAUCCGCAUCUUCUCCUGAGGCGC